AUUCUCUUCUCCUCCUUGCUUCUUAGAUUCUAUUGUCGGGGACUUUUUCAAUCUUUACCCAUGCUUGGGCUUCCAAGCUGUGACGAAGUUUUGUAGAUUCAUUCAUCUCGGUUUCUCUUUCUUCUUGCACGCUGCGGUUUUCCAAUCUUGUUUGUUCUGCAUUUAGAUGGAUCAGGAGAGACUUAGGAAGAUUGCCAGUGCUGUCCGCACUGGUGGAAAGGGUACAAUGAGAAGAAAGAAGAAGGCAGUUCACAAGACCACCACAACUGAUGAUAAAAGGCUUCAGAGCACCCUAAAGAGAAUUGGUGUGAAUGCCAUUCCUGCUAUUGAGGAGGUCAACAUUUUCAAGGACGAUGUUGUUAUCCAAUUUGUCAACCCUAAGGUUCAAGCAUCUAUUGCUGCAAACACCUGGGUUGUUAGUGGUUCUCCUCAAAUAAAGAAAUUGCAGGACAUCUUGCCUGGCAUCAUCAAUCAAUUGGGGCCAGACAACUUGGACAACUUGAGAAAAUUGGCUGAGCAGUUUAAACAGCAUGCACCUGGAGCAGGUGCUGAUGCAAAGAAUGCACAAGAGGAGGAUGACGAUGUUCCAGAACUUGUUGAUGGGGAGACUUUUGAAGCUCCUGCAGAAGAAAAUCGGGCAUCCUAGAGGAGUGAUCCUUUCGAAUGAGUGUUUUAUGCCGUUUUAUACUUCUAGAAUUGCUUCAGACGAGUUUUUAUGAUUUCGAUAAUUCUUAAUCUUAUCAUAAUUUAACUUGUUCUCUAUAUUAUGAUGAGGAACGGUACUUUCUGUGUUUGUUUCA